GAUUAUAUGAGCUUAUGUCUCACGGCACGAUAUAGAGAGAUGACCGAGGACGAUACAACACUUGAUAACAAUCGCCGACCUCUAUGGUGGAUCAUACUACUUACAGUUGGACCCUUCGGUGUAUCAUUUGGUUUUGCUCUACAGUUUGCAUUAUUAACACCCUUUGGGAUGAAGCUUGGCAUCUCGGAGACUAUGUCCUCUUACUUGUGGUUAUGUGGUCCGGUUACUGGUAUGAUUAUCCAACCCUUAGUAGGGAGGCUCAGUGACCAAUGCCAGCAUAAAUGGGGACGACGUCGUCCGUAUGCUCUUGGUGGCACCGUACUAUUGAUGAUAUCUCUAUCUCUGAUAGCUUGGUCAUUAGACCUCGGUGUCCUUUUGGGGGAUCAUGGUGCCGAUGACCAUCGUUGGGCGAUAUUCCUAUUCGUAUUGGCAUUCUGGCUAUUCGACGCAUCUAACAACGUCCUAGCGGUAGUGUUUCGAGCCCUCAUAUCGGACACCGUACCAGACACUCAGCUAUCCUUGGCAUACAGCUGUCAACAGUGUUGGUGGGCACUGGGGAUGAUCUCAGGUUACUUGUGUUGCCGUAUGUCGUGGGCUGCAGUCCGUGACUGGGGGACUAAUGGGUCUACCUGGGACGUGGCGUCCCCAUUACUAACCCUUAUGGGGGUCAAUCUAUCAGGAGCCUGUCCGAAGCAGUGUGCCCUCACUCAUCAGCAAGACCAAUGCCCUCCUGAAUACGUACCAGGAUGCUAUGAUCUUCGAUCGGCCUUCAGUGUUAAUAUAUUGGUAGUUGCAGUCACAGUGCUCAUUGCAUGUGUGGCAGGCCGUGAAGUUCAGCACAUACCUCGAUAUAGUAUGUCCAUCCGUACUAUACUCUCCAACCCUCUAAAGCUAUGCUGUGUGGACUUCCGAGCCUUGCCUUCUGACUACACCCUCAUCUAUGUUGCGACUCUUCUGUCGUGGAUGGGCUGGUUCGCCUCUCAAAUAUACCAGUCCCAUUUUGCAGCAGUGGAGCUCCUCAAUGGUGGAGACAGUGGUCCCGAAUAUGAAGAAGCAAUGCACGUUGCUGCUGGGGGUAUGCUCGGUGCUGCAAUACUCUCCGGUAUUGCCGGUCUGAUCCUCACCAUCGUCCUUCGAAGGGACGGUCGAUCGCCUUAUCCCCUAUGGGGGGUAUCUUGCCUGCUCUUGGGUGUCGUACUGAGCAUAGCUCCUCUAUUGAAACACGUUAGUGUUGGUGUCUUAGAGACUCAGAUGUGGCUUGCUGCUGUUGGUCCAAUGUAUGCAGUGACAUGUUCCGUCCCAUAUGCUCUAGUAGCAUCGAUAUCACAUGUGGCCUCAUCUGAGGAUGAGAAUGAGCACCUUGCUGAGGAGGAUGAGGGAGGUGGAGCUAUGAUGGGAGUUCUCAACGUCGCGGUGUGUAUCCCGCAGCUGUUGCUCUCCCUCGUUGGCGGCCCCCUCAACACAGCUGCGGGUUCCGAUAGCGCGAGUUUCGUCUUGGGGGGUUGCUGCAGUGUUGCCGGAGGACUACUCUUACUGCUGUGGAAGGCAUGUGGCACUUCGAGCACUACUCGAAUGAGCGUCGUUCGAUCUGAGGAUUGUGGAGCUACCUCUGUGGAGGGGACGACUGUAGCAGCGGAAUGAGCAGAUCUCUGUUCCUUGCUACUAGCUUCCUUUUGGCACAGCAUAGAUAUGAUUACCUGUCAUGUUGGUCUAAGUUAUCUCGCCCA